AUGGGUCAAGCAGUGGUGAGCAACAGCAAUGUGGAGUCUGGACCCUCUGGCUACUACUACCAGGGUGCAUGGCAAACACUAAGUGGCACCAAAGUUCAGCAGUUCAACACCUCCUCAGCCAUCACUCAGUGUCUGAAAGGCAAAGUGGUCCACCUGUACGGAGACUCCACCAUCAGGCAGUGGUUUGAGUACUUCAAUGGAGCACUACCAGAUCUCAAGGAGUUUGACCUGCACUCCCCAAAGGGAGUUGGACCUUUCAUGGCCAUGGACUUUGCAAACAACAUCUUAAUGACGUUCCGCUGCCAUGGUCCUCCUAUUCGUUUUCUCCCUGUCCCAAUCAACGAGUUGCGUUACAUUGCCAAUGAACUAGACAAUGUAAUCGGAGGCACCAACAUAGUCGUAAUCUUUGGCAUCUGGGCACAUUUCGGCAGUUUUCCAGUGGAGGUCUACAUCCGGCGGUUGCAGAGCAUCCGUAGGGCGGUGGUACGCCUGCUGAACAGAUCUCCAGGUACAGUGGUCAUCAUCCGGACAGCAAACCCCAGAGCUUUGAUGUUAGACGUGAGUCUGACCAACAGUGACUGGUACUCACUGCAGAAUGACAAAGUACUCAGGGCCAUAUUUAAAGGAUUGAAUGUUCAUCUGGUGGAUGCCUGGGAGAUGGUCCUGGCCCAUCACUUACCUCACAACAUCCACCCACAACCUCCCAUUAUUAAGAAUAUGAUCAAUGUUCUCUUGUCCUACAUAUGUCCUAUAAAGGGAGGCUAG